CCGAGGAUUCGCGAGGCGCAUGCGCGGCGUCCCUGCUCUUCUUUUUCCUCCUUCGCUGUGCUGCUUGUGAUUGGGCGCCGCGCUUCCCUGCUCCGGAAGUAGUUCCGUGCGCUCCGUCGGUUGCCCCGGAAGUGGACCGAAGCAGAGGAGGCGAGAGGGGGGAGCGCUGGGGUUCCCCCCCGAAAGCCGGCAGCGGGGAGCUAAGAUGGCGGCGGCGGCGGCGCUGGCGGCGGGGCCCGGCUGAGCCGGAGGAGGGCGGCCGCCCGACGCUGCCCUCCUCGCCCGCCGUCCCCCGCUGGAAGCUGGCGGAGCUGGGGCGGGCCGGGGGCGCGGCGGCGGUGGCUGGGGGCCCCGGCGGAGGCGGGAGGAUGAUGCGCUCGCAGUGCCUGCUGGGCCUCCGGGCCUUCCUCGCCUUCGCCGCCAAGCUCUGGGGGUUCCUCCUCUAUCUCCUCCGGCGGCAGGCGCGCACCGUGAUCCAGUAUCAGACAGUGCGCUAUGACAUUCUUCCCCUUUCCAAAGUUUCACGGGAGCGGCUCAAUCAGGUAAAGAGGAAGAUCCUUGUCCUCGAUCUGGAUGAGACAUUGAUUCACUCCCACCACGACGGGGUCCUACGGCCCACAGUGAGGCCUGGCACUCCCCCCGACUUUAUCCUCAAGGUUGUCAUCGACAAGCACCCAGUCCGCUUUUUUGUACAUAAGAGGCCGCACGUGGACUUUUUUCUAGAAGUGGUGAGCCAGUGGUAUGAGCUCGUGGUCUUCACAGCCAGCAUGGAAAUCUAUGGUUCGGCUGUGGCAGACAAAUUGGACAACAACAGGAGCAUUUUAAAGAGGCGAUACUACAGACAGCAUUGCACUUUGGAGCUGGGCAGUUAUAUCAAGGACCUUUCGGUUGUACACAACGACUUGUCUAGCAUAGUCAUCCUGGACAACUCGCCAGGAGCUUACAGGAGCCAUCCAGAUAAUGCGAUACCCAUCAAGUCGUGGUUCAGCGAUCCAAGCGACACGGCGCUCCUCAACCUGCUCCCUAUGCUCGAUGCCUUGAGGUUCACAGCAGACGUCCGGUCGGUACUAAGCCGGAACCUGCACCAACAUCGCCUUUGGUGACGGCGGCUUCUCCUUUCUUCAGGCUGUGGCCCACAACCUCUGCCUUAUCCUGCCAUCAUGGACCCCUGCCCAGCCACUGAGCCCACCGUUCUUGCUGCUCAGACUCUAGCGGACGCGUCUGGACUCAGCCAACUUUGCGGGAGGGGGGACCAGCCAGGAGGACGUGCUCCGGUCUUCCCUUACGCCUGAGCCCAUGGGCAGGCUUUGCCUCUCCCCACGUCAGCUUGGAGUGCCAGCCAGCACUAUGGAGACUUGGUGGGGACUUAAGUGGGGCUGCAAGCAAGCGAGUGGGCCCAUGCCAUUGGCGCCACACCAGCUGUCGCUUGGGUGGGUGGGGAGCAGGUGCACAAGAAAGGGGGUGAAAGAAGCCAGCCACACACAGGAGUGUGAGGGACACUUGUGGUGAGACGAGGCUGCAUUUCUCAGUGGAAAGACCGCGCUCCCUGUACAAAGAUCUCACUUGUACUGCUCUUUUAUUUUUCUUCUUCUGUUGUCAUUUCCUCCCCGUUCCCCUCUUACUCUAGAGGAAGAUGGAGAGCGAGGAGGAGAGGUCCCUUCAUCUAAUAAGUUCCUUUUAGAGGA